AGUGAGAAGCAGAGUGGAUCCAUGGCCAUGGCCACGAACGAUGAUGCUCGUUCCCCUCUUCGCGUGGUCAUGUUCCCCUGGUUGGGCUUCGGCCACAUCUUCCCCUUCGUCCAACUCUCCAACAGACUCCACGCCAAUGGCAUCGACAUCACCUUCCUUUCUCCUCCUUCCCUUGUCACCAAGAUCCGAACCGCUCUUGACCCCAACAUUCCCAUCCUCAAUUACCAUCUUCCGGCAGUCAAGGGUAUCCCCGCCGGCGUCGAAUCCACCUUCGGAGCUCCGACUAUCAUGGAGCUUUUCCUUCAGGCCGCCGACCAAGUGCGGCCUCAGAUUGCCAAGCUCCUCUGUCAACUCUCGCCGGACGUUGUCAUCUUCGACUUUGCCUACCACUGGAUCCCACCUCUCGCCGACUCCUUAGGCAUCAAGUCCGUCUACUUUUCCAUCUUCAUUGCCAUAGCUAUGGCCCACUCCGCCGCCCCGGCCAUGCUAUGGCCCGGAAAGGACUUCAUUCUAGCUGCCCUGCGGGUCAUCCCGCCGCGCGUACACGCUGCGCUGGCCGGGCUGCAGCUCUACGAGGCUCGGGACGCCGGCUACUACUUGAAAAUGCACCACGGCUCGACUCUCUCCAUGUACGGCCGCAUGGUCACCACCAUGAUGCUGAGCUCCGCCAACGCCGUGAGGAGCGCCUUGGAGACGGAGAGCCGCUAUGUCAAGUGGUACUCCUCCCUCUGGAAAAAGCCCGUGCUCCUGACGGGCUUACUGGUGCCGAAGCCGCCGUCCGGGGAGCUGGAGGCCAGGUGUGACCAAUGGCUGUCAAGGUUCCCACCGAGGUCGGUCGUUUUCUGCGCGUUCGGGAGCGAGACGUGCUUGCCCGUCGAGCAGAUGCGAGAGCUCGUCGCCGGGUUGGAGAUGAGCGGCUCGCCGUUCCUUUUGGUCCUCAACUUUCCUUCCAAGGAGGAAGAGGAGCUGGCAACGGCAGAACAACUGUUAGGGGAGAAGAUGGGAGGGAGAGGGAUGGUGCAAAGUGGAUGGAUUCAGCAGCCGCUAAUCCUGAGGCACCCCUCCGUCGGCGGGUUCGUCAGCCAUUGUGGGUUCAGCUCGUUGGUGGAGGCCGUCGUCGCCGACUGCCAAGUGGUGCUGAUGCCCCUCAAGGCAGACCAGUUUCUUAAUGGAAAGCUCAUGGCGGAGGAGCUGAAGAUAGGAGUGAGAUUGGAGAGGCGUUACAGCGACGGGUGGUUUACCAGGAAUGGCGUGUGCAAGGCAGUGAAGACGAUGAUGAUGAAAGAGGAUGAACAGACCGAAGAGAUGAAGGCGAUGAGAGCCAACCAUGCCAAGUUUAAGGAGUUCCUGCUCGACGAGGCUGCCCAGCAAGAGUACAGCCUCAACUUCGUAGCCCAACUCAGGAAGUUGGUCUCAACGCCACAGGCUGGGACUGAAGCCAUUAAAGCAGCAAAAUUUACUUCUUCCUUCUUGCCAGUCCUUAUAUGUGCAGCAAGCAUCCUUUUCUUUGCUUUGAUCUAUCUUCGCUUGUUUUCUUGA